GGCGUGCCUUCCAGCGAGAAGAUGGCUGUGCUCAGGCAGCUGGCACUCCUCCUCUGGAAGAACUACACCCUGCAGAAGCGGAAGGUUCUAGUGACAGUCCUGGAGCUCUUCCUGCCAUUACUGUUUUCUGGAAUCCUCAUUUGGCUCCGCUUGAAGAUUCAGUCAGAAAACGUGCCCAACGCCACCAUAUACCCCGACCAGUCCAUCCAGGAGCUGCCCCUGUUCUUCACCUUCCCCCCACCCGGGGACACCUGGGAGCUCGCCUUCAUCCCCUCCCACAGCGACGCCGCCAGGACCAUCACCCAGACAGUGAGGAGGGAGCUAGUGAUCAACAUGAGAGUUCGUGGCUUUCCCUCCGAGAAGGACUUUGAGGACUACAUUAGGUAUGACAACCACUCUUCCAACGUGCUGGCCGCCGUGGUGUUCGAGCACACCUUCAACCACAGCAAGGACCCCCUGCCGCUGGCGGUGAAAUAUCACCUACGGUUCAGUUACACACGGAGAAACUAUGUGUGGACCCAGACGGGCUCCUUUUUCCUGAAGGAGACAGAAGGCUGGCACACCACGUCCCUUUUUCCACUUUUCCCAAACCCGGGACCGAGGGAACCUACAUCCCCUGACGGUGGAGAACCUGGGUACAUCCGAGAAGGCUUCUUGGCCGUGCAGCAUGCCGUGGACAGAGCCAUCAUGCAGUACCACGCAGACGCUGCCACGCACCAGCUGUUCCAGAACCUCACAGUGAUUGCGAAGAGGUUCCCGUACCCGCCGUUCAUCUCAGACCCCUUCCUGGCCGCCAUCCAGUACCAGCUCCCGCUGCUUCUCAUGCUCAGCUUCACCUACGCCUCGCUCACCAUCACGCGGGCCGUCGUGCAGGAGAAAGAGAGGAAACUGAAGGAGUACAUGCGCAUGAUGGGGCUCAGCAACUGGCUGCACUGGAGCGCUUGGUUCCUCCUCUUCUUCCUCUUCCUCCUCGUCGCUGUCUCCUUCAUGACCCUGCUCCUCUGCAUCAAGGUGAAGAAGGACGUGGCGGUGCUGGCGAGCAGCGAACCCUCGCUGGUGCUGGCCUUCCUGGUGUGCUUUGCCGUCGCCUCCAUCUCCUUCAGCUUCAUGGUCAGCACCUUCUUCAGCAAAGCCAACAUGGCGGCGGCCGUGGGGGGCUUCCUCUACUUCCUCACGUACAUCCCCUACUUUUUCGUUGCUCCUCGAUACAACUGGAUGACUCUAAACCAGAAGCUCUGCUCCUGUCUCCUGUCCAACGUUGCCAUGGCAAUGGGAGCCCAGCUCAUAGGAAAAUUUGAAGCAAAAGGCACGGGCAUCCAGUGGCGAGACCUCCUGAGUCCUGUCAGCGUGGAUGAUGACUUCUGCUUCGGGCAAGUGCUGGGGAUGCUGCUGCUGGACUCCGUGCUCUACGGCGUGGCCACCUGGUACGUGGAGGCUGUCUUCCCAGGGCAGUUCGGCGUGCCCCAGCCCUGGUACUUCUGUGUCCUGCCCUCGUAUUGGUUUGGGACCCCAAGGACAGUCAUAGGGAAAGAGGAAGAAGACAAUGACCCUGAGAAAGCGCUGGGGACAGAGUACUUCGAAGCUGAGCCAGAGGACCUGGUGGCUGGGAUCAAGAUCAAGCAUCUGUCCAAGGUGUUCAGAGUGGGAAACAAGGACAAGGUGGCUGUCCGGGACCUGAACCUGAACCUGUAUGAGGGGCAGAUCACCGUCCUACUGGGCCACAACGGCGCUGGAAAGACCACUACCCUGUCCAUGCUCACAGGUCUCUUCCCCCCCACCAGCGGACAGGCAUACAUCAGUGGGUAUGAAAUUUCCCAAGACAUGGUCCAGAUCCGGAAGAGCUUGGGUCUGUGCCCUCAGCACGACGUCCUGUUUGACAACCUCACAGUGGCAGAACAUCUUUACUUCUACGCUCAGCUGAAAGGCUUAUCGCGCCACAAGUGCCCUGAGGAAGUGAAGCAGAUGCUGCACAUCCUCAGUCUGGAGGACAAGUGGGACUCGCGGAGCCGGUUCCUGAGCGGGGGCAUGAAGCGCAAGCUCUCCAUCGGCAUCGCGCUCAUAGCAGGCUCCAAGGUGUUGAUGCUGGAUGAGCCCACCUCAGGCAUGGAUGCCAUCUCCAGGAGGGCCGUCUGGGACCUUCUUCAGCAGCAGAAAAGUGACCGCACCAUCCUGCUGACCACCCAUUUCAUGGACGAGGCCGACCUGCUGGGGGACCGCAUCGCCAUCAUGGCCAAGGGGGAGCUGCAGUGCUGUGGGUCGUCUCUGUUCCUCAAGCAGAAGUAUGGUGCAGGCUACCACAUGACGCUGGUGAAGGAGCCACACUGCAACCCCGAAGGCGUCUCCCAGCUGGUCUACCACCACGUGCCCAACGCCACACUGGAAAGCAGUGCCGGAGCCGAGCUGUCCUUUAUUCUUCCCAAGGAGAGCACGCACAGGUUUGAAAGUCUUUUUACGAAGCUGGAAAAGAAGCAGAAGGAGCUGGGCAUCGCCAGCUUCGGGGCCUCCGUCACCACCAUGGAGGAGGUCUUCCUUCGGGUUGGGAAGCUGGUGGACACCAGCAUGGACAUGCAGGCCAUCCAGCUCCCUGCUCUGCAGUACCAGCACGAGAGGCGGGCGAGCGACUGGGCAGUGGACAGCAACCUGUGCGGGGCCAUGGACCCAACCGACGGCAUCGGUGCCCUCAUCGAGGAGGAGCACGCCGCCGUCAAGCUCAACACUGGGCUUGCCCUGCACUGCCAGCAGUUCUGGGCCAUGUUCCUGAAGAAGGCUGCAUACAGCUGGCGGGAGUGGAAGAUGGUGGCGGCCCAGGUCCUGGUCCCACUGACCUGUGUCACCCUGGCCCUCCUGGCCAUCAACUACUCCUCUGAGAUCUUCGACGACCCCAUCCUGAAGCUGACCUUGGGCGCAUAUGGCAGAACCGUCGUGCCCUUCUCAGUUUCCGGGACCUCCCGGCUGGAUCAGCAGCUGUCGGAGCACUUGAAGGACAUGCUGCAGGCAGAGGGGCAGGAGCCACGCGAGGUGCUGGGUGACCUGGAGGAGUUCCUGAUUUUCAGGGCCUCGGUAGAAGGGGGAGGCUUUAACGAGCGGUGCCUUGUGGCGGUAUCCUUCAGAGAUGUGGGAGAACGGACGACCGUCACCGCCCUGUUCAACAACCAGGCGUACCACUCCCCAGCCACCACCCUGGCUGUCGUGGACAACCUUCUCUUCAAACUGCUAUGCGGCCCUCAGGCCUCCAUCGUGGUCUCCAACUACCCCCAGCCCCGGAGCGCCCUGCAGGCUGCCAAGGACCAGUUCAAGGAGGGCCGGAAGGGCUUUGACAUCGCUCUCAAUUUGCUCUUCGCCAUGGCCUUCUUGGCCAGCACCUUUUCCAUCCUGGCGGUCAGCGAGAGGACCGUGCAGGCUAAGCACGUCCAGUUUGUGAGCGGAGUCCGCAUGGCUACUUUUUGGCUCUCCGCUCUGCUGUGGGACCUCAUCUCCUUCCUCAUCCCCAGUCUGCUGCUGCUGGUGGUGUUCAAAGCCUUUGACGUGCGCGCCUUCACGCGGGACGGCCACAUGGCCGACACACUGCUGCUGCUCCUGCUGUACGGCUGGGCCAUCAUCCCCCUCAUGUACCUGAUGAAUUUCUUCUUCUCGGGGGCAGCCACUGCCUACACAAGGCUGACCAUAUUCAACAUCCUGUCGGGCAUUGCUACCUUCCUCGUGGUCACCAUCAUGCGCAUCCCAGCGGUAAAAUUAGAAGAACUUUCCAGAACCCUGGACCAUGUGUUCCUGGUGCUGCCCAACCACUGUCUGGGGAUGGCGGUCAGCAGCUUCUAUGAGAACUAUGAGACACGGAGGUACUGCACCUCCUCCGAGGUCGCUGCCCACUACUGCAAGAAGUACAACAUCGAGUACCGGGAGAACUUCUACGCUUGGAAGGCCCCGGGCGUAGGCAGGUUCGUGGCCUCCAUGGCUGCCUCAGGGUGUGCCUACCUCGCCUUGCUCUUCCUCAUCGAGACCAACCUGCUGUGGAGACUCAGGACCUUCCUCUGUGCCUUCCGGAGGAGGCAGGUGCUGGCAGAACUGUGCACCCGGACAUCGGUGCUUCCUGAGGACCAAGAUGUGGCAGACGAGAGGAGCCGGGUCCUGGCCCCCAGCCUGGACUCCCUGCUCGACACGCCUCUGGUCAUCAAGGAGCUCUCCAAGGUGUAUGAGCAGCAGGUGCCCCUCCUGGCCGUGGACAAGGUCUCCCUUGCGGUCCAGAAAGGGGAGUGCUUUGGCUUGCUGGGCUUCAAUGGAGCUGGGAAAACCACGACUUUCAAAAUGCUGACUGGGGAGGACAGCAUCACUUCUGGGGACGCCUUCGUCGGGGGCCAUAGCAUCAGCUCUGACAUCGGGAAGGUGCGGCAGCGUAUUGGCUACUGCCCGCAGUUCGACGCUCUGCUGGACCACAUGACCGGCCGCGAGAUGCUGGUCAUGUACGCCCGGCUCCGGGGCAUCCCUGAGCGCCACAUCGGGGCCUGUGUAGAGAACACUCUUCGGGGCCUGCUCCUGGAGCCACACGCCAACAAGCUGGUCAGGACAUACAGUGGCGGUAACAAGCGGAAGCUGAGCACUGGCAUCGCCCUGAUCGGAGAGCCUGCGGUCAUUUUCCUGGAUGAGCCGUCCACUGGCAUGGACCCCGUGGCCCGGCGCCUGCUCUGGGACACCGUGGCCCGGGCCCGCGAGUCCGGCAAGGCCAUCGUCAUCACUUCCCACAGCAUGGAGGAGUGUGAAGCCUUGUGCACCCGGCUGGCCAUCAUGGUGCAGGGCCAGUUCAAGUGCCUGGGCAGCCCCCAGCACCUCAAGAGCAAGUUCGGCAGUGGCUACUCCCUGCGGGCCAAGGUGCGGAGCGAAGGGCAGCAGGAGGCGCUGCAGGAGUUCAAGGCGUUCGUGGAUCUGACCUUCUCAGGCAGUGUCCUGGAAGAUGAACAUCAGGGGAUGGUCCAUUACCACCUGCCGGGACGUGACCUCAGCUGGGCAAAGGUGUUUGGCAUUCUGGAGAAAGCCAAGGAGAAGUACGGAGUGGACGACUACUCCGUGAGCCAGAUCUCGCUUGAGCAGGUCUUCCUGGGCUUUGCCCACCUGCAGCCGCCCGCCACAGAGAGCCGAUGAGGGGCCCGCU